GAACAAAUAAUGACAGGGAAACAAGAGAGAGAGAGAGAGAGAGAGAGAGAGAGUUGUAGUUUAGGGUCGAGAGGUGAGUUCGGUCGAGAGGAAGACGAGAGAGAGAGAGAGGAGACGUAUUCCACCUUCGGUAGAAUUAUUCCUGCGUGAAAAGAGCUUCAUUGCCCUAGAGACAUCCUGAAAUAGGUGUCGAUAUAACCUCAAGUCGGGUCUUGUUUUCUAUGGAAGUUGAUUUCUUUAGGAUUUGAUGGCCACUGUUUCACCACCCAUGAGCACGACUGUCUCUGCAUCUAGGGGAAUCCACCCUCCCAACCGACUCGGCUCAUACGAACAUUCAUCAGGUUUAAGUGUCACUCCCAAUCAAUCUGAACCAGAGUCUAGCAACAAUGAGGAUGUGGAAUUGUUAUCGGUGUCUUGGAAUCAGGACUAUGGAUGCUUUUCAGCUGGGACAAACCGAGGUUUCAGGAUAUAUAAUUGUGACCCUUUCAAGGAGACUUUUAGGAGGGAUUUGAAAAAUGGAGGUUUUGGCAUUGUAGAGAUGCUUUUCCGAUGCAACAUCUUGGCCCUUGUAGGAGGUGGGGAAAACCCACAGUACCCACCUAACAAAGUUAUGAUAUGGGAUGAUCAUCAAAGCCGGUGUAUUUGUGAGCUCUCAUUUAGAUCAGAGGUUCGAGCUGUGAAAUUGAGAAGAGACCGCAUUGUUGUGGUUCUAGAGCACAAGAUCUAUGUGUAUAACUUUGCGGAUUUGAAGCUUCUUCACCAGAUAGAGACUCUUGCGAAUCCAAGGGGGCUGUGCAAUUUAUCUUAUCAGUCAAAUACCUUUGUAUUGGCUUGUCCUGGUUUGCAUCGAGGGGAGGUUCGGGUGGAACACUUUGGCUUGAAGAGAACAAAGACUAUUAAUGCUCAUGAUGCUCAUAUUGCAUGCUUCACUUUAACAUUGGACGGGCUUUUGCUUGCAACUGCUAGCACAAAGGGCACAUUGAUCAGAAUUUUCAACACCAUGGAUGGAACUCGCCUACAAGAGGUGCGCCGGGGCGUGGAUAGGGCUGAAAUUUAUAGCAUCGCUCUCUCUGCAAAAGUGCAAUGGUUGGCAGUGUCUAGUGAUAAAGGGACCGUCCAUAUAUUCAGUCUCAGAGUUAGGGUGGCUGGAGAGGAUUCUUCCUCAGAUUCUUCAAAUAAUGGUCAGGGUCCAGCUUUAACUCACCAGAGCUCUUCGACUUCAGUUGAUGCUCUUAUUUCUCCAAACACUGGGGCGAACCAGAGUUCUUCUUUGGCCUUCAUGAAAGGGGUUCUACCGAAAUACUUCAGCUCUGAGUGGUCAUUUGCUCAGUUCCAUUUACCAGUUGACACCCGCUUUCUGGUGGCUUUUGGGGCCCAAAGCACAGUCUUAAUUGUCGGCAUGGACGGGAGCUUUUACAGGUGCUCAUUUGAUGCACUGUUGGGAGGGCAGAUGACGCAACAAGAGUAUUUCCGGUUCCUGAAUACUGAUAGUAAGGCAAAGCCUGGGGCAUAAUUGUGGGGAUGGAAAGAGAAAGAGGAAACUUAAAGGAAGUUUUCAAAUCUCCAGCUUCAGAUGAAUUCUCUCUCUUGGGUUGGUUUGUGACUGUAAAUAUCAUAAAUUCUCUCUGUAAAUACUUCAUCAUUCUGUGUCUUCCUGCAGCUGUAUUAUUGCCUCUCUCUCUCUAUUAUUGCUAAUUUUAGCUAUUGGUUCUGUUUUAACUGUAAUGAAACACUGGACUAUAUAAAUGAAGAUUUUAAGCAAAGUA